CAAUUCCACUGGUCUGUCACUGACACCCGUGUCAGCAGCGUCCCAGUGUGCUGUCUUUUCACAUUUUUGUAAACAAAUCAUCCACUUUUCCAACCCAUCGGGACCUCCAGGAAUCAUGGCAAUUUUCAAUAAAAUUCAAAUCGUACUCGGAUUUCUGUCCCUGCUUCAUGCGGCUUACUCCGCUGCCCAGCACCGUGCUUACCUACGGAUCACGGAACAGGAAUUCACCCAGCUGCCGAUCGAUAUAAUUUUCCAAGCGAUUGCGAGCUUAAUCUACAUCAUCUACAACAUCCUGCAAGUGGUGGGCGAUUUCAAGGAGAUUCGUGCUGCGGUUGAUUUGCAGGCGAAAUCGUGGGAAACCCUCGCGAACAUUCCCUCGUUCUACACGUUCAACCACCGAGGCAAAGCGCUGUCCCCAGUGUACGAGCAGCCCGACCCGGAGCAGUACGAUCGUGCGUACACGACGGAAUCGUAUCUGGAUUAAACCAUUCAACCAAAUACUAAAACUCUAAAUAAACCCCCCCGAGUGUGGUCCACGUGGUGUACAUCAUGCUGCGUGGGGCGUGGAUAACAUGAAAA